AUGGCGUCGGGCUGGUCCUGCUGGGUCCUCCUGCUUCUCCUGCCUGCCUCGGUCUGUGUGGGGGGACCCGGUCCCGUCCUCGUCGACCGCCCCUUCGUCACCAUCUGGAACAUCCCCACUGAACGCUGCGCCGAGAAGUACAAUGUCACCCUCAACCUGGAGGUCUUCGAUGUGUUGGCCAACGACCAGCAGUCCUUUGCUGGGCAGGACAUCACGCUCUUCUACAGCGAGGAGCUGGGGCUCCUCCCCUACUACACACCCGAGGGGGUGCCAGUGAAUGGGGGGCUCCCCCAGAAUGCCAGCGUGGAGGCCCACCUCCACCAGGCUACGCAGGACAUCAAGGUCCACUUGCCCAGCCCUGCCUACGGCGGGCUGGCUGUCAUCGACUGGGAGAAGUGGCGCCCGCUGUGGAUCCGCAACUGGGCAUCCAUGGACAUCUACCAUCAGAGGUCGGAGGAGCUGGUGCGACAGCAGCACCCGCAGUGGCCCACCGAGCUGGUGAAGCAGAUGGCCAAGCAGCAGUUCGAGCAGAGCGCCCGCAAAUUCAUGGAGAAGACCCUGCAGCUGGGUGAGACCCUGCGUCCCAACAGCUACUGGGGUUUCUAUGGCUUCCCCAACUGCUACAACGACAACUUUGACAGCCUGCCCUACAACGGGACCUGCCCACUGGUGGAGCAGCAGAGGAACGAGGAGCUGCGGUGGCUCUGGGUGAGCAGUCGGGCGCUCUACCCCAGCAUCUACCUGCUCCCUCGCUUCCAUGGCACUAACAAGGUUCUUGCCUAUGUCCGGCACCGUGUCGCUGAGGCUUUCACCGUGCAGCGCGGCGUCCUCAAUGACAGCAUCCCCGUCCUACCCUACUCCCAGAUCGCCUUCGACCGCACCGUCGACUUCCUGUCCCAGGAGGACCUGAUGAACACCAUCGGGGAGAGUGCGGCUCAAGGUGCUGCCGGCAUCAUCCUCUGGGGCAGCCUCAACUACAGCACCUCCAAGGAGAUGUGCCUGAGGCUGAAGGACUACGUGGAGGGGCCCUUGGGCCACUACAUCGUCAACGUGACGGCCAGCGCCGAUCUGUGCAGCCAGAGCCUGUGCUCCGGCCGGGGCCGCUGCGUGCGCCGGCAGAACAAGGAGGGCUUCCUCCACCUCGACCCCUUCCGCUUCACCAUUGACCUGCAAGCCGGCAAGCCCUGGCUGGUGGCCCAGAGCCUGGAGUCCGGUGACGAUGUCUCCCGGCUGGCUGAGGAGUUCAGCUGCCAGUGCUACGACAAGUGGCAGGGACCCCACUGCGACACCCCGGGCUUUGCCAAGUGA